AUGAGGGGCCUCAAUUUAAAGCCAUCGCGCGUUUACCAAACAGCUUCGGCAUUACUCGCAUCUGAAAGUAUUUCCCAAGCACCACCAUGGUAUAAGACAAUCGGCUCAGUACCCCCUUCUGAAAUCCUUACACGGACACAACCUGUUCAACACCGAGGAAGCAAUGGCAGACCUAGGACGAAAAAAGCUAGCAAGCUAUUCAAACCACAAACUAUUGUAUACGAGGAAGAUCGAAUAAGACAAGAAUUCUUCCGUGAUCAUCCAUGGGAGUUGGCAAGACCUAGAGUUGUGCUGGAGGACGAUGGACGAGAUGGGCAAAGAUGUGAUUGGAGUAAAAUAGCACAGCCAGGAAGACCUUUGACCGGUGAAAGUGUGGUACAGAGGCAGCUUUGGCUGAUACACAACACGCAAAUGUCUAAUAGUGAGGCUUAUGAUAUAGCACGGAAGGAAUUCUAUGCUCUUCGUCAGGAAGAGGAGAUCGAACGAAGGAUCGCGAAAGAAGAGGCAGAAUACGUUGGAGCAUACUUUCAUAAAGGUGCUUUGGAGGUUGGAAUGGAGCUGGAAGAUAAGAGUUACGAGGACUGGAAGGCAUGGGCUACCAAGGAAGUCGAGGCCGCGAACUUGCAACAACAAGGAGCAUACACUGGUGUUGGCACCGAAAGUGAGGAUGCUGCUCUUUUGGAUGAUGCAGAGGCUGUUGAAGAGCCGGCAACAGCCGCAUGA